AUGAAUAAAGCCAAAAACAGGACUUAUGACCAACUUUCUUCUAUAAGAUUCUUAAUGAAGCAAAGCAGAAUGGCCGAAAGGGAUCUUAAGGGUACUAAGAGAGCAUCUUCGCCAGUGGAAAAUGUAUCUGGUGACUUGAAGCUAAGAGACGAAAACGGGUUUAGGAUGAAAAGACAAGUAGUCGAUAAAGCAAAAUUGAAGGCAUUUGAACAGCUUGGAGGUGAAAUGGCAACAGAUAAAGAUUUACCGAGGCAUAAGACAAUACAAGAAGAAGAAAGCGAAGGUGCUAGUUAUACUAUUGAUGGGGCGUUGCGAAGGGUAAAUCCAUACUAUUUCACCUAUUUGACUUAUUGUAAGAUGAGAUGGAGAGAUAGAAAAUUACUUGAUAUUUUUGUCGAUGAAUUUAGAGAUCGUGACGCCAAAUUCUAUAAAGAGGCAAUGUCAUCAGGGAAAGUUACUAUAAACAAGAAACCCGCAGGGACAGAUACAAUAGUAAAGAAUGGUGAUUUAAUCAGUCACCGAUGCCAUAGACAUGAGCCAGCUGUAAGCUCUAGGGAUAUUAAAAUUGUAUUUGAAGAUGAGAACUUGCUUGUUAUUGAUAAACCAUCAGGUAUACCAGUGCAUCCAACAGGAAGAUAUCGUUAUAAUACAAUCACUAAAAUCUUGCAGCAUGAGAUGGGAAUUACAGUUCAUCCGUGUAACCGUCUAGAUAGAUUGACGAGCGGUCUCAUGUUUUUAGGGAAAAACUCCAAGGGAGCAGAUUCUUUUGUCCAACAAAUCAAGGAUGGAACAGUUAGGAAGCUGUACGUUGCUCGGGUAGUGGGCAAAUUUCCUUCGGACUCUGAAGUUAUUGUUGAUAAACCAGUAGUGACUAUAUCACCAAAGCUUGGCCUUAAUCGAGUAGACAUGGCGAAUGGCAAGAAUGCAGUAACUAUCUUCAAAAGAAUUACUUACGAUUUGAAGACAAACACAUCGAUUGUAAAAUGUUUUCCUAAGACUGGAAGAACUCACCAGAUAAGAGUUCACUUACAACACUUGGGCUAUCCUAUCGCUAACGAUCCUAUUUACUCCAAUGCUUUUGUAUGGGGAAAAGAUCUAGGGAAGGACUAUGAAGGAGAUUAUACAGAUAUUAUGGAACGAUUGGACAGAAUCGGUAAGGAUAAGGCGUCUAGUACAUGGUUUCAUCCUCAAGAAGAUGGGGAAAUUCUAUCAGGUAAAACUUGUGAACAAUGUGAUGUGGAUUUAUAUACGGACCCAACUCCAAAUGACUUGGAUCUUUGGUUGCAUGCUUUGAAAUAUGAAGCUGCUGAUAAAAGCUGGUCCUAUCAAACACAGUAUCCAGAUUGGGCCUUAGAAGUAAUGAAACCAAGGAUGGAAUUGGCUAUCAAAGAAGCCAGAAAGUGCGGUGAGACUCAAACUCAAUUUAACGUUGGCGCGGUUUUGGUAUAUGAUGGUGUCACUUUAGAAACUGGCCAUUCUAGAGAGUUGCCUGGCAACACGCACGCAGAGCAGUGUGCAUUGGAGAAGUACUACAAGAAAACCAAUUCAGAUGUGCCAAUGGGUUGUGAAAUAUAUACAACUAUGGAACCUUGUACCUUACGGUUAAGUGGCAAUCUUCCUUGUACCGAUAGGAUUCUUAAAACAGAUAUAACGACCUGUUUUGUUGGCGUCUUAGAACCAGACGUGUUCGUGAAAAAUAACUCCAGUCUCAAGAAAUUGACUGAUAAUGGAGUAGAAUAUAUCCAUAUCCCAGGUUAUGAAAAUGAAUGUUUAGAGAUAGCAGAAAAGGGUCAUGAAAAAAGAUAA